GCGAAGAUUAAUUUCAAAGUAUUCAGCAAUGGUGAUUCGCAAUAGCAAAGUGAUUUUUUUUUAACAACGCAUCUGAUAUUAUUCGUAAAAAUAUGUCAACCUAAACAUUUGUCUGUAGUUGUGUUACAAUAUAGUAAACGUAUUAUUUUCAUACUAUCUCCAGCCAAGUCGAAAUUUACUAUAUUUCACGCUCACGUUCAAGUAAAAGGAGCCAUGAAGUUGUUCCAAACGCCUUCACUUGGAGAUUUCAAGCCUCCUUUACUCAACGCUGAGGCCACUGUUGGUAUGGUUGACGGUAGCUUGCGGUAUGUGGAUCGCGAGCAUUUGAAUAUCUGCAUGCAGUCGUAUGCUGCAUAUCUACUCGAUCAUCCAAAUGCAAGUGUGAGCUCUGAUAUGCUUGCAACACGAGAAGCUGGUAAUGGUAUUUCGGCCAAAGAUAUGUUUUUACCAGUUCAGGAAAGGGCCUUGAAAAAAAUUGCAAGUGUAUGGCGUGACAAGGGUUUCAUCGAAGCUGUUCAUGCAACUGCGGAAGAAGAUCCAGCUCAGGUUACAAAAAUCUUACACUGGGUAGCUACAAGAUUGUCUCAACUAUUUGAUUUGGUAGACAAGCUAGCGUUCAGGAAUGAGGGAUUACCGAUGCUAGCUUCUAGUUCCGCAGCUGAUAUAGCCAUCACACGUGACUGGGCUACUGCCAUUGUUCGUUGUUUAGCCUGGCAUCCACAUUGUACACGUCUUGCUUUAGCAACGCGGGACGAUAGGAUUCGGGUAUUCUGCAAGAACGUGCAGGGUGCAGCAGUUCUGAGACACAGCUUUCAAAAAUCUGUAUCUUGUUUGAGUUGGAGGCCCAAUUCUGGCAGAGAGUUGGCUGCUGGUUGUCAGAUGGGGAUUUUAAUCUGGAAAGUAGAAUUGGGAGCAGCUAGCAGUUCGCUGAGUCAAGCACUGACUCUGCGACAAAGGGGACAUGCCCCAGUCACAAGCGUUGCUUGGAAUCCACAGGGUGAAUUAUUGGUAUCUUGCUCUCCAGCAGAUAACAAUAUGGUUAUCUGGGAUACAUCUAGAGAAGUUGCAGUCCCUCUAAAAUGUGUCAGAGGGGGCGGACUUUGCUUUGUUCGAUGGUCUCACUGUGGAUCUAGGCUACUGGCAGCUUCCACUCAUUCUGUCUUUAGAAUAUGGAACACUGGAGAUGGUUCAUCUUGGAAAUCUGAAAAGUGGAUGGUCCCAAACGGCCGAGUUGCUGCAGCCUGCUUCGGACCAGAUCUCACGCUUUUAUUUGUAUCAACUGAAGUUCCAGAGAUAGUAUUUUCACUGCCAUUACAAGAAAAUAUUUUUGACUUGAAACAUUCAGGUGUAAAUAACGACGUUAAAGCUGCCAUGGCUAUAAUUGAUCUGAAGAAAACAAUUUUAUACUCUAAUCAGCACGAACAACAAUGUCUUGGAGGGCGAGUGAUAGCUAUGGAGUGGGAUCCUACAGGAAAAUAUCUUGCCAUUUUAUUUCAGGAUAGUCCAAUCGUUGUCGUGUUUGCAAUGAAACUGCAACCAGGUUUAGUAGCAGCUGACGCGGCUGAAGGGUGCUUGAUUAAAGGAUUUCCUGGAGAGGUGCCAAAUUGUAUGAAUUUCCAACAGGACUUUGACUUUGAUUCUGACUCCAGAGGUGCCUGCCUGACAAUCGCGUGGUCAAGUGGAAGGGUUCAACAUUUUCCAAUAGUCAAUUCCAACAGUAUUGCGCAUUCCAGCUUCAUCACUAAUCACUCAUAUAUAAAUUAAGAACCGAUGUCUUUAAUUUGUCACUGAAAAAAUGAAUUCUGAUACCAUGAUACAGAUGCAAAACUAGAUUGUCACUCUGGCAUAACUGUAGUUAUAAUCCCAAGAUUGAGAACUAAUCAACCUUUUGUCAAACCUUAUAAUAUAAUACGUGUAGUGAUUUCUUAUGCAACACCUUAAACUAGUUAUCUGCCAUUUGAACCAGAUUUGUUAUUAUGAAUAUAUGUGUAUACAAUAUCAAUAUGAGUUACGUUUGUUAUUUGUAAUUUGUACAUAGAUGUCAAAGACAUUGAAAACAUGAAACUAAUAAAUAACAUUUUUACAUGGGUUGUACGUACAAUAAUAGU